UACAGGUCAGUGAGUGAAAAAUAAUGUACUGAGUAACUGUUAUGGUAGGCCCUUGUAACUGCAAAGAUGAGUGUCAACUUUGUGGAUUAUUUCGCCAACGAGCACAAUGGAUACGAUAUAUUAUAUCAAAACAUGAAAUACGGACUGAUCGCCAGCAAAGAGCUCUCAGAGUACCUUAGGGAGAGAUCGAAUAUAGAAGAGACGAAUUCUAAAUCGUUAGCUAAAUUAGCGAAACAGGCGAAUAGUAACUGCGCGCAGGGAACGUUCGCACCCUUCUGGGGCGUGUUGAAAUGUUCCGCCGAGAAACUGUCCAACUUACAUCAACACAUGUUCCAGAAGUUAAGUGAACUGGUCAAAGAUGUAGCUAGGUAUGCUGAGGAGCUUCACAAGAAGCACAAGGCCGUCAAGGACUCUGAGUCCAACACGUUAGAGGUAGUGUUGCUGAUACAGAACACUAAACAGGCAUUACAGAAGGCUAAAGAUGUGUACACAACAAAGUCUGCUGAGUUAGAGAAACUGAGAAAAGACAAUGCAUCUACUAAAGAUAUUGAAAAGGCUGAGGUUAAGAUUAAGAAGCUCCACGAAGACUAUAAACAAUUAGCUGAGAAGUACAAUCUAGUGAAACAAGAUUUUGAGAAGAAAAUGACCCAGUCAUGUAAACACUUCCAGGAUGUGGAGGAAGCACAUCUAAAACAAAUGAAACAGUUUGUUAACUCUUAUGCAGACAUCAUACAGAACAACCAUGACCUCAUGGGACAAGUGCACAGGGACUUCAAGCACCAAUGUCUGGAAUUAACUGCGGAAAAACUGCUGGAACAGUUUCUCAUAGAGAAAUACAAUGCUAUAGAGAAGGCAGUUUUAGUUGAACUACCUCUUUCAUUACCUAAGCCAGGGUCGGCUAACAACUCUAUAUCAGAGGCUGACCAGAUAUCUACUGUCUCAAAUGGAUCACACAAACCUCCACAGCCAGCUAAGGCACCAAAGAAGGAGCCAUCAUUUGCUACUAAGACUUCAAGGAGAACUACCUCACUUUUGAAUUUGUUUACACCUAAUUUCCAAAAUAAGGAGGAACCCAGUGGAAGUAUUGAGGGUGCGGCGCCUUGCUCUGCACCAUCCAGCCCCAGUGGAACACCAGCUACCCCAGUGGUACCUGAUAAGGAUGACAAUAUGGGCCGCACUACUCUUAGAGAAUCCAAAUGGUUCUUGCGUAGUAGGAGAACUAAGCCUAAGCUGAAAAAGACCAAAAAGAAGAAAGAUGAGAUAUCAGAAAAUUCUAAUCCUGGUGAAAAGUCUGAUUUGGAGGAAAAAGAGGAAGAGGUACAAGCUAAAGAUGAUUUAAUGAACUCCCCAGAAGUUGACGAGGAAGGUUAUUGCAUUAGACCCAAAGAUGAGAAAGGGAGUGUGUAUUCCUCUACAGAUUCAGAUUCAGAGGAGGAGAGGGAACAGAAGAUCCAUGUUGAAAUUAAACCCAUAAGCAAUGGUUGUAACCCCAUAUCAGCUAGUGUGGAUGAGCUUAGAGCAACAGUGGAAAACAUCUCCCUGUAUAAAAUUGGUACAACAACAAGGCGUGGCUCAAACGCAAACACCAGUAAAGCAAGUAGUGACUUAUUAGACCUGAACUUCUUCCAAAGUCCCACAGUGAGUAACCCCGCGUCGCCGCACGGCAAUGUCUCCAAUCCCUAUGCUCCUCUUCAGGGCAAUCAGUCACAUUUACUCGAGAGCCCUACUCCUGUCUCCAACGCUGAUGUUGGAGAUCUGUUUUCUGAAGUGGGUGAGAUGGGUUCUACUGUUCGAACUUCGACGCCUACGAUGUCGUCUAUCUCGCUCCCUCGACCUCCCUCGAGGCGUUCUGAAGGUGACUUCCGCGCUGCAGGCUCGUCGGGGUCACGAGGUCCUUCCCCCCUCACAAUCGGCAUGGCGGAUACUAUACCGCUAGCUGUCGCGUUCCACGAGAUUAUUCACUCGUACUUCCGUGGUACGGAAGAGUCCAAGUGCCAAGUUAAAAUGUCAGGAGACAUGAUGCUCUCCUUUCCCACUGGUAUCGUAGGCGUAUUGGCUAACAACCCGAACCCAGCUAAAUUAUGUUUUAGACUGAAAAACAUACACAGAUUGGACAAUGUCCUACCUAAUAAACAAUUGAUUAGUAUUAACGCGAUGAUGUCGACGCGCGAUAACACGGUAGUCGAGUUCAACAUGCCUGCUCUAACAUCUCUCCUCAAACGGCAGUCGGAAAAGAAUCCGACAGCGCAAUACUUCAAUGUGGACAUACUGAAAUACCAAAUACGGCCGAAAACCGGUGCUGCGUCAUGUCCCCUCCAAAUGGUAUCUUAUUGGAAAUGUGAGCAGGAUCAUACCGACUUGAAGGUGGACUACAAAUACAAUCUGCACGCUAUGAGCCCGCCGUCUCCACUGCUGAACGUGUCUGUGUGCGUGCCUAUGAACGGGGCCGUCAAGAACGUGAUCGCCAUGCCGAAGACGGCGUGGAGCGGCGAGAGCGAGCAGGCGAUGUGGCGCUUCACGGAGCUGUCGCAGCACUCGGAGGACCGGGGCGUGGGCUCGCUGAAGGCGCGCUUCGAGCUCGCCAAGGGCCCUUCGAGCAAAGCCACGAUUUCGGCGCAGUUCAACUGCGAGGGCGCGACCCUCUCCGGCAUUGAGUUCGAGUUAAUAGGCAGCGGCUACCGGCUGUCGCUCGUCAAGCGCCGCUUCGUCUCCGGCAAAUACAUUUGUGAUAGUGAUUUGAACUGAUUGGUCCAAAACACUUAUGAAUACACAUGUUUGUAUAUAGAUCUUGUUGUCGUAUAUUCAGAGUGUGUAUGGGAUGCGUAGGUUUCUUACUACAUGUUAUGUGUAUGUUUUGGUACCUUAUAGGACUGUUUCCUGUCCACAAAAAAAAUAAUUUACAAUAAUGUAUCACAACAUUGUUUGUCAAUUUUCGAGUUAAAUUGUUAGUUGUUAAUUUGAAAAUUGUAUUACUUAUUGAUUAGGGAUAUGUUUCACAUGUACUAACUUAUUUUUCAGAAUAGUUAAUGUGCCAUUUUAUACUGUAUUUUGUAAAUGUACACGAGUACUUGACUGUUGCACUAGUACACACAAUGGACACAUACCUUUGUUCACGUUACUGUAAGCGGGUACUCAGCCUAUAUUUUAUAAAAGAUGCAUCACAUUUUAUAUUGAUUGGAAAUACGAUCUUUUUUCAUAAAACUCUUUAAAGCAGCACAAAUAUUAUAAAAUUGCUAAACUAAAUCCCCAAAGGUUUCUAGCUGCUUAAAGAAUCACAUCAUUGUGACAAAAAAUAUAACAAUAAAAUUUUAUUGUUUUUGGUUUUCGCUGCUGAGCAGAUUUAAUGAGUAUUUAAACCUUUGAUUUGGUAGUUGUAUAACCCCAUGAUAUAAAAGCUUUAAAGCAAUACUAUAUCAUAUGACUUGGAUGUGUUGUAUUUGAAAUUAUUAUCACUUAAAAUAAUGUUUUUAACAAUUAUUCUGAGGUCAAUAAAUGAUAAUUUCUCUUUAGAGUUAACAAACAAAUGUGUAUUUAAACAAACACUUUAAAUACGUUUUUUGUUUGUACGAUUGUUUUAGAUAUUGUCUGUUUUAUUUUUGUAGAGGCCUAAGUAUUGCAACAAUUGAGAACUUUGGAAGGCCACAAUCACUGCUAUGAAUAAUUAUUAUAAUUAAUUGUUUCAUUUAUGUGAGGUUUGACACUAAUGCCCAUAUAAAUAAUACCACUUAUCAUAUUUAAUUCACCUUGCAUUCACGUAAAAAUUAGGUCAAAUCAGUUUUUU